AUGGGUUGCCAAGGACUUCUCCAUUUUGGAAAGAAGCUGCUUCGCCGGAAAGUUGUGAACUGGAACAGAGAAGAGAGCAAGCUGUCACGAUGCCUCAACACUUUUGACUUGGUAGCUCUUGGUGUAGGUAGCACACUUGGUGCGGGUGUCUAUAUACUGGCUGGCGCAGUGGCACGAGAAAACGCGGGACCUGCGAUUGUUAUCUCGUUCUUGAUUGCCGCAUUGGCUUCUGUGUUGGCUGGACUUUGUUAUGGAGAAUUUGGUGCUAGAGUUCCAAAGACUGGGUCUGCUUAUCUCUAUAGCUAUGUGACCGUGGGUGAGCUGUUGGCAUUCAUCACUGGAUGGAAUUUAAUUCUUUCUUAUGUGAUUGGAACAUCAAGCGUGGCCAGAGCAUGGAGCGCGACGUUUGAUGAACUUACAGGCAAGCACAUCGAGCGCUUCUGCCAAGAGCACAUGACCAUGAACGCUCCAGGGGUGCUAGCAGAAUAUCCAGAUAUCUUCUCUGUUCUCAUCAUCUUCACCUUAACAGGGCUUUUAACUUGUGGAGUGAAAGAAUCCGCAAUGGUAAACAAAAUAUUCACCUGCAUCAACGUUCUCGUUCUCGGCUUCGUUAUGGUGUCAGGCUUUGUGAAGGGAUCAGUCAAAAACUGGCAUCUCACCGUCGACGACAUCUAUAACAUGAUCAAUGAUUCAUAUAGAGACAAUCAAACACAGGUGGGAGAUCUGAAGCAUGGCGCUGGGGGGUUUAUGCCCUUUGGAUUCAAUGGAGUCCUCUCAGGGGCAGCCACAUGCUUUUAUGCCUUCGUAGGAUUUGACUGUAUUGCCACCACAGGCGAAGAAGUGAAAAACCCUCAGAAAGCGAUUCCCAUUGGCAUCGUCGCCUCGCUCCUGAUCUGCUUCGUCGCUUACUUUGGCGUGUCAGCUGCCCUCACGCUCAUGAUGCCCUACUACUUGCUCGAUCCAAACAGUCCUUUACCCAAUGCAUUUCAAUAUGUGGGCUGGGAGGGUGCCAACUAUGCAGUGGCCGUUGGUUCACUUUGUGCCCUUUCUACUAGCCUUCUUGGCUCCAUGUUUCCGAUGCCUAGAGUGAUUUAUGCUAUGGCAGAAGACGGGCUGCUGUUUAAAUGUUUGGCUACGGUCAGCAAGCGAACCAAAACCCCAGCAAUAGCUACGGUAACUUCAGGGGCUGUGGCAGCUGCCAUGGCCUUUCUUUUCGACCUGAAAGAUCUUGUGGAUCUUAUGUCCAUCGGGACCCUGCUGGCUUAUUCCUUGGUGGCAGCCUGCGUAUUGGUACUGAGGUACCAGCCAGAGCAGCCUAACCUGGCCUACCAGAUGGCUAGUACAACGGAGGAGCCAGACACCAACGAGUCUGCGAGCACCAGUGGAUCACAGGCUCCAUUUCUGCCUGAAGAGGAGGAGAAAGAGUCCCAAAACUCCAUUCUGUUUCCCCAAAACUCAGAUCCCUCCAGACUCUCUGGUUUGGUGGUUAACAUCUCAUCUUGUAUCAUAGGUUUACUUAUCAUCAGCUGCUGUAGCUUUACUGUCCUUGGCAAAGACCUGCUGAUAAAAGGGACUGUGUGGGCUAUCGUCAUGAUUGCCGUGCUCGUUCUCUUUUGCCUCAUUGUCGGUUUAAUUAUUUGGAGACAACCUGAAAGCAAAACCAAGCUCUCGUUUAAGGUACCUCUUUUGCCUUUACUUCCUAUUCUGAGUAUUUUUGUGAAUGUUUAUCUCAUGAUGCAGCUGGAUAAAGGGACCUGGAUACGGUUUGCUGUCUGGAUGUUCUUGGGUUUUAUCAUUUACUUUGCAUAUGGAAUGGGGCACAGCAUGGAAGCUACAGAUUCAGCACCGCCAGAUUCAGAAAGAAACAUAGACCUCAACUCGGACAGCUGUAAAUGAUAGCAUGUUUGGCUGAAGAGCAGCCCAGCCGUCGCGUCAGACAAGGAAGCUUCAUCUCGGGGACCCUGAACUACUUCCUCUGUUAACCCGUGCAGCAGAGGAUGGGAUUCCCAGCCUUGCUUGCUGCAAGUUGAAGCUCGAUUUACCUUGGUGAUGCUGUAAAAAGGGAUCACAAGGAAAACACCGCGCCUCUGGCAUACUCCCAACAACACUGUUCCCUGGACUGCAGGCGCUCGCUCGCUCUUUUUUUUUUUUUUUAAAUGUAUAGAAAGAAAACCGCUCCUCUGUGUGCCAGUUAACCUUCAAUGCUGCUAUGAGACUAGGCCUCCUGAAAGUCCUUCUUUCAGUAGUCCUGUGAAUUAACUCCCCAGGUACUUGUUUUUAAAUGGAACAGACUCUGAAAUGCUAAUGUCAUUCCUAGAUCAGAUCCUUGGAUCAAAUGAUGUGGGCUGUAUCACAAAAAAAGUCUCUCACCAAAAAUAAUCUCCCAUCUGGUUAAAAAGUGCCUGCAAUGAGUUACAUUUUAAAGAAAAGCAUCCAGUGGCAUUAUUUUAAUUGUAAUUAACUUCUGAAUAGAUACUUGUAUACUUUAAAAUGCAGCUUUGCCGUGAUGUUUAGGGGAGCUGCUCUUAGGCUGAAUUCCCUUUUCCUUCAUGCAGCGAGUACAGACAAAUGCUUCUGUGAAUAACAGACCCCACCGCUCACUAGAGGGGCCUCCGGCUGUAGCUGUAAAUUUGCUUGGUGUAAGUAUCAGAGGGGGAGCCGUGUUAGUCUGGAUCUGUAAAAAGCAACAAAGAGUCCCGUGGCACCUUAAAGACUAACAGUUAGUCUUUAAGGUGCCACAGGACUCUUCGUUGCUUUUGGUGUAAGUAGUUCAGUGGCGCUAGGCGUGGGUGUCUCCUAAGAGCCCUCUGUCAAAGUCAAUGGAGAUAGUCCUGGUUUAUGCCAGUCAAAGUUAGAAGAGAAGCUGACCCUGAGAGUUCGUUUUUUACUUCAAUGGGCACAACAGGUUGAAGCCCGUAGAAAAUGACGCACAAAAAUUCUCACAGUACUCAAAAUCUGCGACUCUCACAGCUCCUGUCAGCUCUACACAAUGGAGCAUGCCGCCUCCUGCCCAGCAAGGCUGAGGUAAGCUGAAAGGCCUGAUCGACACUGGUAUGUGUAAGCAGUUAAACCCGCUGUGUGGACACGCUUAUUCUGGUAUACAAGUGACUCUUUUUGGUUGUGCUUACACCCCUUCCCAGGCAACGUAAGCUACAAUGGACUCCUGUGCCAGAGUCAGUGUGUCCCCACAAGAGUUAUACUAGUGUAAUUGUAUCGGGUUACAUUCACUCCUUCACUUACGCUGAAAUUUUUUUCCAGAGUAGACAAUUCCUUAUGGCGAAAGUCUUCUCUCCCACCCUGAGCAGAGCUCUGUCUAGGUAUCUCAGGUAAGGCCCCCAUUACCAUAAUGUCUGAGCACUUCUCAAACUUUAAUGUGUUGGUCCUUAUAAUGCCCCUAUCUUAUCCCCAGAGGCACAGAGCAGAUACUAAACCUAUGCCCAAGUUGGGGCUGAGAUUCCCAGCAGCUCCAGGAGACACACCUGUGCUAGCCUGAAUGUAGCUACAGCGCUGUCAAGGGUUAGCCAGCCAAAGGACGUGUCUAGGGUUUUGCAUGGGAUUGUAUUCGGGCGGCUAGCACCUCCUGCCACUUCAGCUACAAGAGCUAGCCAUGGGUAUGGCUCCUCAAGCUGGGAAGCAAACCCCCAGCUCACUGUAUAGCUGUCCCCUAAAUUACUUGCCGAAGAUCAUUCCGACAGUUUGAGGUGCAGCAUGGACUAGAACUCUGGUCUCCCACAUCCCAGGCUAGUGACCUAACCACUGGACCAUCCUUCCACCUGUUACACUAAGUAGGGCUUAAAUGGUGUAGAGACAUUGUCCUGGCUUUCUGCACAGGAGUGAAUUUAACCCAUAGCCCGUUUUUGUAGGCCACUGCUGAUCUGCCACAGGUUCAGAAUUUGUCUAGUGCCGUUUCAGUGAUAGCAGAUGGUGGGACUUCAGUAACACAUGGAUCAUUUUAACACUGUUCUAUGUGCUGCUUAUAGUACAAAAUAAGGGCGAAGUCCUGCUCUUGGAGCUGUACAGUGGAUCUUGACUGUCAGUCAAGUCUCUUCUCUCCUCAGACAUGUGAAAUUCCAAGAGUUCUACGCACGCGGGGAAGGAAGAAUGUCAGAGUCAAGAACCACGAUGGAGUUCUCAUCCUUCUAUCCUAAAUAGAGACACUCCUAGUAUACUUCACAUGCUCAUAAAAAGUACUGAUGUGAGAGAAAACCAACAGAAGAGAACAGUGUUUCCUGUGCUACCAAAAACAGCUGAGUGCUUUUCUCCAGCUUGGGCAACAGCUUUUAAGCAGUUGUUAAUUUUAGCACUGCGUGAAUAUUCGAAGGGGGUGAGUGCUGGCUGAAAGGUGGGUUUUGAAAGGAAAACUAUUUAAAUAUAGGCAGAUUGCUUGCUGUAAAAAUGUUUUGAUAAAUGUUAACUUAUUUUUUUUUGUCUUGCAUUGUUUGUCUUCUUUGGGACCUGCUUGGUCUUCGUGUUCCACUACUUUAGCUCAGCUAAUUACACAUAAAGUGCAGAAAAUAGCAUUACUUAGAAGAAAAGGGAAAUUUUUGGUGGGAGACCGUUUUUCUUUCAUUUCCUUUUCUGUGAGAAAGUUCAGAGGAAAAAAAAUCCUAUUUAAUUAUAACUGGUAGUUAAAUUAUCUCUUACAUACACAUGUCCAGAGUUUUCUUUCACAAGUUGAAAGGUAAAGUUCCACCAAAAACUUUCUAGGAUAAUGACACUGAUUGUGCUAAAUAUAUGAAGCCCUUUUUUCCCCCUCUGAUGUCCAAAUGUACCAUAGUCCAAGCUGAGUAUCAGGGAAGACAUGCAAAUACUGCUGUAAUCUUGCUGUUGUGAAGAACAUGCCUGCAUUUAGUUGAGCUUCUUUUUGUAAAUAGUUCAGUAAUUAUUCUAUGUUUAUAAGAGUAUUUUGUAUAGCUGCCAGAGCAUUUCUGUGUAUAUAAAGUUGGGUAUAGAAAUUAUGCCUUCUUUGGGAUAACGAAAGCAAGAAGAAUUGGCCACUUUUUUUCAGAGGAGAGGCAGUGGCAAAUGUGGCCUGUCAGAAUUUUCAAGGCAGCCUCUUCCCUCAGGAAUUUGAUCUCAUUUGAACUCUAUUUGCUCAUACAUAUCUGAGGGAAGGUGCCUUCUGGGGGAGAUCUGUAGAUGUUUAUUUUUAGUUAUCUAAUACUUGUAUGCCAGUCCCUACUGGAUUAAAAUGGCUGUGUCAACUCCCCCACAUCAAGACAGUUUUAUCAAUAUAGCAUCCCUUUUUUUUUUAAGGGACUAGAUCCUGUUAACAUUUUUCAAAUGAAAACUUAGGUCAAAAAAUUGUCUGUUUCAAAAAGAGGUAUUUUUAUGUGUGAAACCGAUUAGAUUUUUAAAAAAUAUUUUUUCUUUGAAAAUGGUAAAUGAAAAAUGUAACCUGUUGGUUUUUGUCUUCAUUUUUCCUCUCUGUUUUCCAUUACUGUUGAGUUCCUCAUGUAUGUGUUGAGAUGGUGAUUUCUUCUUGUUACUCUUUUCAGUCUUUGUCAUCCUGAGUUGUUGAUUUUUAUUUCUUUCUUGCCACUAUUGUUUGAUCAUCUUAGUCGCUUAGUGUGAUUUUUUUUUGUUCAAAUUAAAAAAUAAAUCACUUUUGAAAACUACUGAUUAAAAAAAAUGCAGUGGAAAAAUUUUGAAAAAUAAAACACCAGCUUCCUUCAAAAACUACUGCAAGUAAAUUUUCAGAUAAUUUCCGGGGUGGGUUUUCAAUCAGCUUUUGAAGGAAAGGCAGAUAUACAACCUGAUUGCUUCUGUUGAAGUCAGUGACAAAACCUCCGUUAACUUAUUUGGCUAAAUUCAUCCCUGGUGACUUAGAUGGAUGAAGUUCUACCGGGGAUGAAUGUGACCCAUUGACUUCAGUGCAAACAGGGAUGGGUCCAUAAUUAAAACUCUGCAGAUGGUUAGCAGACUGAAGUCCCAAAUGGCUUCAGUGCUGUUUUUCUGGUUUUAGUGACCAUCUGUUUAGAGUUAGUGUUGGAAAGGUUAGGUUUUAAUUAGCAAAUAUUUGGAACUGUCAUAUUUGCCCUUCAGCUGAAAUGGGUGAAAAGAAAUUCCAUCACUAACCAUAAAAAAUGUACAAAGAAGGAAAGUUAAGAACAUAUCAUAUGAUAUGUUGCUCUUGUAGAUAUCUAGCUUCCUCCUCUGUUGCUGUCAGUUCAGUUAACAGACAGCAAUGUGAACUAUUCUGGUUCUAUUUUGGACAGUCAGUCACUACAGUUCAUACAAAUAUUGCCCCGAUUCAAAAUUUUUAAAUUCCUGUUAGUACAAAAAUGUCCACUCAUGAACACUGAAAAAGCUAGUUAGAAAUGCUCAUCAGUAUCAUCUGUCAAAAGUAAUAGACAAUCAAAACCUGAUCCUUCCAAGCCUAUGCACGGGGAAUGUGUUCCAAGCAAACCAAUCUGCUUACUAGCAGAGAGGUCUGGUGUCUCUCUCACCUUCACUUCACAAUGAAUAUUGAGCCAGGCUUCUAUUUUAAGAGAGUGGCUGCUCUCCCCUUUAGCACAAGAGCAGAUUUGUUUCUGAGUCCUUGAGGUGGAUACACUUUCAGCAUCAUGAGCUUGAUUAUUGGACAUAUGUUCACUGGGAAGUUUCAGUGAAACUUCUAAAUCCUUUUUAGCCAAAAAUAUACUUAGUGUUGUGUGUUUUUUUAAAAAUCCAUUUUGUUCUCCAUUGUACAUGUGGGUUUACUGACCACACCUGUGUUAGGGGCACCAUGACUUCCUCUUUACAACUCACUGCAUGCUCCUACUCAUUGGAUGCCAGUGGAUGGCCAUUUCUUAGUUGAAGCCAAAUCUCUGUUGUGUUUGAGGCUACUGGAGUGGGGGUGUCAUGUAAGUGCCAUAGUAUUUCCCGCUCCCCACCUCCCAACUUCCAAAUCCACAUCAGGACAUACUUCACUGGCCUGGAGACUGCCGCAGAUUUGGUACAUCAUUCACUUGGAUGAAAUUCAACCCCCCCCCCACCCCCCACUCAAGUAGAGGCCCCUAGAGACCUGGCACUCCUUGUGUUAAGUUUUUUUAAGAGGUGCAUAGGCCUUUGUGCAGGGUUGCAGUUCACCCUUGCUGUAGAAUUUAUUUUAACACUGCCUUCUGUUCACUAUCAUUUUUCUUUGCUUCCACACACGCUAUUGACAGGGUAGCUGGGUGAUGCGUUACCAGACUUGGGGGACUGUCGGAAGAGCCAGAGCACGUUCUAGUAUUUUAACUGUAUUCAUAGAAUCAUAGAAUCUCAGGGUUGGAAGGGACCUCAGGAGGUCAUCUAUUCCAACCCCCUGCUCAAAGCAGGACCAAACCCAACAAUUACCGGAGUCUUACUGAACUCAUGUAAAGGCAGAAUUGUGUACAAAUAAUGUCUAGUUUUGUGUGCAUUUGAUUAUGGUAGGAUGGCAUAGUUAGGGGAGAUGUGGGUGGUAGGCACUUCAUAGGCAUAAAGGAGGGGCCUCUAUUUUACCAGGAUCGUUGGAAUUUCUAGUGAAAUGUUUAUUGACAUGCUGGUAUGAGAAGCCAUGUUCUGUACAGCAUUUCAUCACUGUAACCAUGAUGCCUGAUGCAAUUUUAUAGUUUUGCCCCUAUUCACACUACUCCUCUUUCAGCAGCGGGAAGGGUAGAUAAUUUACGGCUAUUAAUGAUGAAUGGGGUUCAGAGCAUGUUACAGACGCAAAUGUAUCAUACAAAAAUUUCCAGGCAUUUGACAUGGAGAAAAGGGACAUGAAAAGGCCUCUAGGUUUUCUGAAUCCUUCCUGUUUAGUCAGUUAACAGCUGAUUUUUAUCAUAUGAAACAUGUCUGAUAACCAAACUAGAAACCAAAUGGUGUAAGAACGUGCUUGUUAUGAAACUCCAAGCCAUGAUUUCCUCAGGGUAUUUGCUCUUGGCUCCUGCUCCAAGAAGUGAGGUUAGUCCAAGAUAUGCAAACUUCUAAUCAAUAUGGCAUCUUUUCUCCACUGAUAACUUACAGCAAGUCUUUGGCAUAGUAACAUCGGUGUUUCCAGAUGAUGGGAUGGCUGAGACACCUGUUUACAUUGUGCCUUUCAGCUUCAAUUGAUUGUAGGAACACAACUUUGGAUCGGUUUAUGUGUUACAAACCUACCGUUAAACAGGUGGGGUUUCUUCAGUGAAGUUGCUUUUACUGACUGAGAAGCCAUGGAAGGGUCUACCUAUUUUUUUUUUAUUGAUCAAAAUGUACAUACAUUUCUGUUGUUUGGUUUGUUCGAUUUUUUUCUAAUGAUUUUUCAGAAUGUCUUACAGUUGUGAUAAAUGGUUAGACUUCUAGUCCUAGCUCUGCAAAUCUAGUUUUUCUCUCUUGUGUGGCGUUUAUUUUGUUUCGUUAUGAAUUCUUUUUUAAACCGUGUACUUUUUAGACCAUAGAAUUACGUUUUAAAAAUGUGAAAUUUUCACCCAGAGCACAGCAUGGGCAGACGGACACUUUUCAACAGACAACACUGUAAAUAAAUCUCCCCUGGACUGUGCUUUUUGACUUUGGAAAUCAACUUGUACAGUAUUAAAAUGUUUUCAUGAAAUUCAGAUCAAUUAGGUCUACUGAUUCAUCCUUAUUUUCCAGUCUGAUUUGUAUAUUCCCACUUGUUUCACCAGAUCUGUCAGA